AUGCCACACACUUGCAAAGCUCUUAUAAAAGAUUAUUGCGCAAACUGCAGUUUUGCUGGAGUGCGUUUUAUAGCUGAUGAUACAAAACAUUGGUUCGAGAGAUGUAUUUGGGGAGUAUUAGUGUUCCUGGGAUGGUACGGGUCUGCCGUGCUAAUCAUCGCGGCUUGGAAUGAUUUCGUUCUUAAUCCUAUUAGCUUCGGCUUAGAGACUACUUAUAUUGACUGGAAUACUAAAAUGCCGGCUGUGGCUAUUUGCGAAUUGUCAAAUAAUGAUCGCAUUUUUGAAGUUGCCGAUAAAAUUUGGUCCGCCGACCACCUUUUGGAUUUAGAGGACGCAUUAAAAGAUAUUGCUUACUUCCGAGGAUACUGCUUCAAUCUUGUGGAUCUUUGUUACAAUACAAAGAAACCAGACCCUAAAUGUCCGAUGUCGAAUUACAGUUAUUACGCAAACUUAGUUCGCAGCGAUUGUCCCAGAAUUAUACAAAAUUGCUCUUAUAACAACAUACCAUUUGACUGCUGUGAAUAUUUUCUAUUUAUGCCAACUGAUGUGGGAUCAUGCUUUGUUAUUAACUCCAUUCAAACAGAAAAAACAAAUCCCUAUCCAAUGAUAUGCAACUACACCGAGAAAAGAGGAUCUAUCAAGUUUGAUAUAUUACUAUCGUCAAUGAUGUAUACUUUAGGAGAAGACGAAAUUCCCAGUGUUACUUCACUACGUGCAACUACAUUAAGAAUCCAGCUUGGACGUAAAUACCGGCGUCUCGUUGCAGUAAAUAAUAUUGAAAAUGACCCAUUAGUGGCAGAUACGACGACAAAACAACGAGCCUGUCAAUUCUACUCGGAAAAUCAAGACAGCCUAUAUCCUCAUUACUCCUAUAGUGCAUGUCUAACGCAAUGUCGAAAACAAGCACAGAUCCGUCUGUGUGGAUGCCACGACCACUUCUUUGUUGCCACAUCCGAUACCCACUACUGCAACAUUUCUGGUAUGGCUUGCCUCCACACAAAUGGCGACAGCCUCACCAACCUCAAACCAUCAUGGAGCACCAGGCCUGGACAAGUAUGCAACUGCUUACCUUCUUGCGAUGAAACAGAAGUUACUGUUAUCAAAGACGGAUUUGUCCCAGAACGUUUAUUUAUGAAGAAGAAAUCGGAAGUUGAGAUUUCAUUAGCACGUUUACCUGCUGAGCGAUUCAAGCGUAAUGUGGUACGAAGUCGUUUAGAUCUAGUCGUGUCUGUUGGUGGUACAACUGGAUUAUUUGUUGGAGCUAGUUUGAUUAGCUUUAUAGAAUUAAUUUUCUAUUUCGCAGUUAGAUUUAUAAGUAAUAUUUUAAUGGACAAACGAUAUAAGAAAACAAACCUCAUAUUGCCUGGACAAGAAAGAAAAAUAGGCAAAAAUUUUAAUUUUGGAAUACAAAAAAAAACAAACGGAAAGAUUGUACGACAACAGUAGAGUAAUUAAUUCGAAACUUAUCGUUUAUGAUAACAUAUACAAAAAGAUAAAUAAAAGAUACUAAUGAAUUUAUAUAAUGAAUUUCGUACAAUUUUUACGCUCGUAUUUUGUCAGUUUCAUUUUCUCAUUCAAAUUAUGUAACAUUUUGUUUGUGCACAAGAAAAUAUAAAUAGGUAAAGUUAUAUCUAAAUAAGAUUCAAUAAAUUAUUCUAAUGCAUUCGUGGAAUUAUUUAAGUUGCGUCAUUCUACAUAUCAUUGUGUGACAUACAGAAGCCUUUCGCUUGAUAUUUCACUUCACAACGUAAAUCGUGGCACUCAUUGCCAUAGAGAAGUUAACAAAUUAUAAAUAUCUACUUAUAAAGGAUUUUAUGUAUUUAGGCGGUUAACUUUCUUCAUGUUAUUGCUACUUAAUAUUAAUUUAGGUACGAAUUUAAUCAAUUUUUAUAUCAAGUUUUACAGUUGAAUUCGUAAUAUACCUAUAUUAUUGUGAAAAUAUUUUCGUGCAAUAUUAUAACUUGGUAUACGAUGUACAUAGAAAUUGUGAGUCACAGCUGUUAUUAAGAAUAUCGGAUUGCGUGUCCAUUUUCUGCCACGCUCUGGAUUGUCCUAGUUCCUAAUUACAGGAAACCAACAGUUACAAUUGAAGUAACAGUAAAUAUCUUUGUAUUAACAUCCUUAGAAACAAAACACGGUAAAAGUAAUCGUUAUAUUUUUUUUUGCCUUCAUUGAAGUACUUCAUUGUAAUAUCAUCAUCAUCAUUAUUACAUAGUAUAAAUAAAGUCUCUGUCGCUCUGUCCCUAUUAGGGUUCAUUCAUCAACAAAACACAACGAUUU